ACUUUUUGAUGUCACUUGAUAUUCCAAAUAUCAUUAUUCCUGACUGUGAUCUAAAACAGUUUGAAAAAAUUGCAUUCUUAAAUUCCCACUUUCUUCAAAUGAGUCUCAUUGAGGGACAACUUGAGAUUAUCAUACCACCAUUGCCAGUUUACAAUGAAACCACUCUGAACGAUGAUGAAAAUUUAUUAUUAGGUGAUAGACAAUGUGAAAUUAUUAACUUAAAUCCAAUAGAAAAUGUGUGGAAAAUAUUAAAGGACAAAGUUCAACAAUGA